AUGUUCGGUGUUCUAUGCCCGUCAUCUAUGCCUAACAAACGUAAACGAGAUUUGAGCGUACCAAGCAUAAAUUUACAUCGCAACGGUCAUCUCUCAAUGGACCUCGAAACAGUCGAUACUAAAAAGUCGCGUGUCGACCGGUUGGAAGCAUCACCUUCACGUGUUAUACACAUUCGAAAUAUGCCAGGAGAUGCAACUGAAAACGAAAUCGCCCUUUUUGCCAUACCUUUUGGUCUUCUUAAAAACAUGGUCCUUUCUAAAAGAAAUAACCAAGCACUCAUUGAAAUGCAUGUUUUGGAGGAAGCUGUGCAACUAGUUGCUCAUUAUUUAAAGUAUCCUGUAACUUUACACGGGAAACACUUAAUCUUUCAAUUUUCUACACAUUCCCAUCUCGAACUAAUUUCGGAAAACGAUGCAAUAGUUAAUGCUAUUAAGAAUGCCAACCGUGUUGUUCAGCAAGAUCUGCCGGGUGCUCAGACAGGUGUUCCUAACACUGUACUUCAUGUGGUGAUUGACAAUAUCAUGGGCCAGCAAAUCAACCACGUUAUUUUGUAUAAGAUAUUUCAUCGGUUUGGAACUAUUUUACGUGUUUUAAUUUUCUUACGUAACAACCAAUAUCGAUGCUUGUUGGAGUUUCAAAACCAUAUUCAAGCGUUCGUCGCUAUGUUACUUCUAAACGGUCAGAAUAUUUAUACGGGUUGUUGUUCUCUUCAAGUGGAAUUUUGGAAAGCCAGAGGACCUUUGGAAGUUCGUCGCGAGAAUGAUAAAUGCCGUGAUUAUACUAUAUCACCUCUAACGGAUGAUGAACUCAACAGUUUACAAGCACUUCCUGGUGGAGUGACUGCGUCGACAAAUAAUUCAACCAUCAAUUCAAUUUCUCAACCUUCUAUCGGGCAAAAUAUACCACUAGGUAACCCGACGGCAGCUUUCACCGCUGUCCCCCAAGCCACAGCGUCAGGUAUCAAUGAUCUUGCUAUUCAGCUAACGUUGCUUGCUCAACAAUCUGGUCUUGCAUUGACCCCUGCUGCAGCCGCAGCUACUGCCAGUUUCAUGGCUUUGACUGCGCAAGGUGGGAAUUCUGCCAUAAACCCGACUCCAGGAACUGUUUUAAAUGCUGCAUCUCUGCAAGGUCCUCGUGCAGCUUUACCAACUGUACAAAACCAAACACAGCUUUUGCCGAACUUGAUUAAUCAAUCUGUGUCUAACUUGGGUCAAACUGGAGCUAGCACUGUGUUAAUAGUUUCCAAUCUCAAUGAGGAGAAAGUAUAUCCAGAUGCAUUAUUCACACUCUUCGGUGUUUAUGGUGAUGUUACUCGAGUCAAAAUAAUGUUCAAUAAAAAAAGUACUGCUCUUGUGCAGUUUUCAGAUCCACAACAAGCUCUCACAGCUUUGUAUCAUCUCAAUGGCCAACCAUUAUAUGGAAAACCUUUAAAAAUAGCUGUUUCACGCUUCAACAUUGUCCAGUUGCCAAAAGAAGAUAAUGAUGUCGGACUUACUAAAGACUAUACCAAUAGUCCGCUUCAUCGUUUUAGAAAGCCGAAUUCUAAGAAUUUCACUAACAUUUAUGCUCCCAAUCACGUUUUGCAUUUAAGUAAUAUACCCUCUGCUAUCACAGAAGAAGAGGUUAGAAUGAUUUUUGAAACCAAAGGAUAUCAUGUUACAGACUUCAAGUUUAUGAUGAAAGAUAAAAAGAUGGCAUUAAUCCAACUGGAAAACGUUGAUAUGGCUAUCCAAGCCUUGAUUGACCUUCACAACUGUCAGCUAACAGAAAAUUCCCAUUUGCGUAUCAGUUUCAGUAAAACAGCUAUAUAA